UUUAUUAAGUUAAAACUAAAAUUAAAAUAAUAGAAACAAGAUAUCUGUUUCUAUAAUGGAAUAUUUUUCGGACACAAUAAACAAUACGUGAUGAUUGUAAUGUACUAGUCUGUCUAUGGGGUUUUUAUACGUUCCUUAUCUCUUGACCUGUGUUUAAAGUGUAGUGUCAAUCCUAUAGUCUAAUAUAGCCUUCUUAAAAUAUUUUGGCAUAGGAAACAUAUCAAUGUUUAGUAAAUACUUAACAGUUAAACUUUUCCUAGUGUUUGUGUUAGGUCUGUGUUUUGAGUGCACGUGCAAUGUGUUAGGUAAGGCACGUGUACCGCAAAAAGAGGAAGAGGAUGUGUAUUCUGUAACGAUUCGAAUGCCACAAGCCGUUCCUUCAAAGGCAGACGACUUACUGUGUCACGCGGUUCAACUGAAACAGGAGGAGGCCUAUAUAUUGAAGUUUGAACCCCACGCAACAAAGAAUGUGGCACAUCACAUGAUGGUUUAUGGAUGUAGCAAUCCGGGCUCAGACAGGCCAUACUGGUCAUGUGGUGAAAUGGAUGACCAUUCCAACAGAUCUGUCUGUGGGGACGGAGAGAGACAAAUUGUGUGGGCCUGGGCAAUGGACGCUGACGGAAGAUCAUUUCCUAAAGAUGUUGGUUUUCGUGUUGGAGGCCGCAGUAAUAUCAACUACAUAGUCAUACAACUUCAUUAUGCUGAACAAUUUGAAGCCGGACAUACGGACAAUUCUGGAGUUACACUGUAUAUUACAGACAAACCGCAGAAAUACCAAGCUGGAUAUUUCGUUAUGUAUACAUUUGGCUUUAUUCCUCCUAUGACUAAAGAAUUCCACAUGGAGACGGCGUGUGAGUUUAACAAGAAUUACACGAUCAUUCCGUUAGCAUACAGGACGCAUUCUCACAAUCUUGGUGUUGUGACGUCCGGUUAUAGAGUUAGGAACGGAACAUGGGUCGAGAUAGGACGUAUGUCUCCCCAGCUACCACAGACUUUCUAUGACGCAUCUAAUGAGGGACUCGUUGUCAGAAAGGGAGAUAUUCUGGCUUCAAGAUGUACAAUGAGCAGUCAACGAAAGUUUUUCACACAAAUUGGGCCUCAACAUAAGGAUGAAAUGUGUAACUUUUACAUCAUGUACUACACAGAUUAUGAAGACACUCUGCAGAUAGAAUAUUGUCAGAGAGACGCUCAGUCAUUUCGCUGGGCCGACUAUCUAACAACGCCUCCAGAAUCUGCCAGUUCUAUAGAAGGAAUACCCUCGUUCACACGUGAUGACCCCUUUGCUAUUGAAGAUGUUAUCUCAAACAGUAAUGAAGAAAAUCUUAUGUGAAAAUAGCAAACAUUGUUUCAAAAAUAAACUCUUAAUUCAGAAAA